ACGAACUGACCCGUGAGAUUUCCACCAGUCUCUUCUCCGGCCGAUCAGCAUCAACAUCCAUUUCACCUUUCAUCUUCCUCUUCCCACUUUAUCUCUACAGUUAGAACCAGGCGAUGGUGAGCCCCGUGCCCUUUGCUUUGGUGGUAUUGGUGCUCGUAAUGGUCGCUGGAGUACCAACACAGGCCGCUGUACUACAUGGUGGCUCUGACGUCCAUAAACUUGUCAAGUCCCGAGGUGACUACCUCAACGACCUCAACCCGGAAUUAGUGACUCUACUUCAGCAGACCCUCCCCGAGAUUCACGACAUCAGGAUUAUCGAUGGACCCGACGGACCAAGGCUGGACAUGCCCCUGAGCGGCUGCCGCGACUCCUUGGACUGCCACCACCGAUUCACCAAUUACCUGGGACUCUUGGUCAGGAUGAUGGAAACUGGAAAGAGAAGGAAGUAAAGAAAAUAACAUUUAAGAUAAAAAAACGAGAGAAGAAUAACCAAGAUGGAAAAAAUAUUCCAAGAGCAACCAACACCAUUCUGAUGAAUUUUGAACGACUCUUCUCUCUCAUUCGACAAUGAUGAUCAAGAUACGUCUACAAAGGCGUGAGGUGAUAUCCAGUGGAUCUAUUAAGCUGAUUAUAAACGGAGAUAAUUAUGUCAUCAGGUCAAAACCAAAUUUGUAAUUUUGCCUCUUCUGUUCUUUUCAAUCAUGUAUUUAAGACACUGGAAACUCAACUCUAGGUCUAGGAUGAUAUCCAACCAGCUUUCCUCCCCACCCUUAAUACGCUCCAUUGGAUGUCAAAUUCCGGAAACUCUCACGUGAAUAUUUAUGUCGUGUUCUUUCUUCUUAAAGAUGGGUGAACAAUAUCACAUUUCUUCGUAUAUGACAGAUGAGGAAGAACUGUUCUUGUAGACAUUUUAUGAUUUCACAGAAGCACCAAAUGGUUGUACUGGUUACGUCAGAUAGCUCUCAUUAUUCGUUCUUCUUCUUCUUUGGCAGAUUUCCUUUCCCGGGGAAAAAAAGUUAAUCUCUUAGGGAAUCGAAAGAUCAGAAUUUUAAAAGCUUACCCGUGGCUGAGUUAUCUUGCGUUGUUUUCUUACUGUCUCGAACACUGUGGAUUUCCAGGUUUUAGUAUCAUAGUUAUACACUUUAGUAAAGUAAAUUCUUGCAUGAACUAAUGAGACCGAGUAGGUUAUGCUUCCAAAAUGUCGGUUGUCAUCCUGAAAAGUUAUUUUAGACCGUAAUUUUCUUUUCCCACUUUUCCAGCUGUCUGAUGUAAUCGCAGAGACUUUAGUGGUGCAAAUCUUCUCUUCUUUCACAAAGUUAUUGUUAAGACAAUACUAUUAUUUAUUUUGUUAAUGGUGCGUGAUUGACCCCCUGCAUAUAUCUGCUAUAUUCGCUGAUGGCUUCGCAACAAAUAUAUUGUAUUUUAGUGGCUUA